AUGACUUUGCGCGCCAACCAUCUGUACUGCAAUGGCCCCGAGGUACAAGGCGCGUUUGGCGUCGACACCCUCCCUCUCACUACGGUUGCCCACAUCAUCUCGUACCUGGAUGACGAUGUCGCUUCCCUCGCGCGACUUUGUCGCACCUCCCGCGUCCUUUGGUACAUGACUCUGCCGCAUCUGUGGAAAAAUGUCACCUUGAAAUCAUACAGCACUAUCCGCUACAAGGGCGAGCUGCCCGAAGGAUUUGGAAGUGCGAGUCCUUUCUCAAUGGGUCUGAAUGCCUUGGUGACGAGAAAUGUGUCGAGCUUGGUUCGCUCAUUGAGCCUGGAUGGAGAAUACAGUGCCUUGGAUUUGCACGAAUAUUCAAGAGCUGGUCGCGUGUCGGAGAGCAUCAUGGUGCUGAACAUCGCGCUUCGGGCAGCCAUUGACCAAUGUACCCAUCUCGAGCGAUUUCGGUGGGAUUUAGAUGUAAGACUACAACCAAACAUGUACGCUGGACUGGCCAAGCUCUCUCGACUGGAGGAACUCUGGCUCCGCUUCCCUACGAACCGCUCCCCCCAACCAGCCUACGACAUCCCACCUUUGCCGAAUCUCAAGACCUUGACACUAACACAUUACGAUCCUCUAUGUUUUCCCGACGACUUCUCCACCCUGCUCCUCCACGCAACACGCCUCUCGAGCCUCUUGUUGCACUUCUCACCCCGAAUGCGCGAACAAGGGGAACCCUCUGUUGUGCUUUCGCAUUUCUUCCGGAAAUUAACUGCAGCAAACCGGAGACUUCGUUUGCGCAAAAUGGGCGUGUAUAACCUCCUUGCCAAUGCAGAUACGUCCGAGUGCCUCGCUGCAUUUGACACCAGCACUAUCGAGGAUAUCACGGUAUUGAAUACGUUUGGGUUAGAUGAGGACGUUGUUGUGGCCGGGAGGGAAAGCGCAACUCAUUUUAUCGAUCGCACAUGGCAUAUGAUGGUGAACAACAAGGACCCGCUAUGCAGACCCAAAUCUUUGAGGAUGGAUCAGUUGCAUAAAAGACACGCAAUGGACCUAGCCCAAUUCGUUGGGUUGGAGAGAUUAUAUCUCGUCAAUGCAAGAUAUAAACCGAGCAAAUCAAACAGCACCGUGGCAGAUUGCAACGGCCAAGGCCGCAACAACGGCGCAGGGACUUCGGACUCUGACGCUUCCUCCGCCGAACACUCCCCUUGGUCAUCAUCAGUGGGUAACGGAACCGCCUCUGCCAGGAGUACGCCUAACAGCUUGAACCCAUGUUCAGCCACAAUCUCUCUGAGGGAUCUCUAUAUCAACAACAUCUGCAACAUCUGUGGUCCUACUCUUCAGCACCUAAUUUUACCUUCCCGUUGGCCUCUGACGGCCCCUAUCACCGCCCGCCUCAUCCGCUCGUGCCCGAACCUAACACAGCUGGCCGCCUCAAUUGAAUGCACCGAGGAGUCCCAGAUGGAGAUGUUGAGGUUAUUAAUGCCAUUUCUCAGUGAGCUGUGGGCUAUCCGUGCGCUUCUGCCUUCGUAUCCGCCGGAUGUCGUUGCGGCGGGUGGAGAGGAUGGAAGGAAAAGCAGAGACGCGCACGAGAGGUUUGAAAAUCUCCCAGAUUGCGUACACGAGCAGAAGAUCAACGAGGCCCUCUCCGAGCAUACUGGCUCAGGAGGAAAUGAGAUGCCGGAGCUCCGGAAAUUGAAGUAUAUUGGGCUGGGGAGCAAGGUGUGGGAAAUUUCGGGGGUUAUGGAGGAGGUUAUUAGAGGAGGAAGAGUCGAUGCCGGAGGUAACGGCGUCCAAGAAGUCAGCAGCAAUGGCAAUGGCUACCGCGGUGAGGGAGAUGAGUCGAAGAAGGAAAUCGUAUAUAGGCGGCGAGCAAGGAGAAUCCAGGAGAAAGACGUACAACAUGUUGAGAUAUGGAAGAUGGAUACGUUGGAUAUUGUUUGA